GUGACGACAACCACGACCCCCAACUCACAAGGAAUCACUUCUGCUCAGAGAGGGUCAGGACUCGAGGCUGCUUCUCUUCCUGGACUGAUCGAGGCUACAGCUCUACUUUGGAUUGUUUGAUGCUGCUAAGACACCUCGGCAGUACAAGCUCAAUUUGCUAGAUCCUCAUUCUUCUGCUUGACUCUACCUGCUGCUCAAAUCAUGGCUUACGUAGUCACGGCCUCCAAGGCCACCUCCGUCAAGAUUGCCUGCUCGGCAAAGCUUACUGACGAGACUACGCCGCACCUCGUCACAGCUUCUUCAAAUAUCAUCAGCAUCCAUCAGCCGCAUACGCUCAAACCCCUCUUUGAGCUGACUUGCUUUGGCCGCAUCGCCACGUUGACGGCUUUCCUUCCAGGCUCAGACGUACGUGAACACUUGUUUGUAACGACAGACGAUGAGCACUAUUUCACUCUGUCUGUCUUUGGCGAUUCAGUCAUUACAGGUGCUGCAGGCGACCUCGAAGCUCCGGGCAUGAUCAAGCCUGACGGCGGCCCUCGAGUUGUUGCAAAUGAAGACUAUAUUCUUGUAUAUCAGUAUCUGGGUGUCGUCAAUGUCUUUCCAAUUCAGCGAACGAACAAUCCAAGGAAGCGCUCAGCCGAUGGAGCCCGACUUUUUGGAACGCCCGUCACCUGCCGCUUCAACGAAGUCAAGGCACAUGAUCUCAUUCUACUUCCAUCAGUAGAUAAAUUGACUUGCUUUGGAAUCUUGUACACCGAUCUGCACAAGAAGACGCACUUCAAGAGCUAUGAAUUGCACCCCAGAAAAGGCGACUUUGAUCUGCUUCCCGGCAAGCUGGCAGCUGGCCCAUUUCAACCAGGCACAGAUUUGGCCUUGGAUAUUGGUAAGGGUACAGUAAUUUGUCUAGGCGAGAAAGAGAUGUAUCGCAUUUCACCCGGUAAGCCAUUCGAAACUGAGGCGCUUUCUACCGCUACGCUAUAUAAUUGCCGCACUCGACUGAGUGCAUCCCAGUGGCUUCUGGGCGACGACUAUGGCUUGCUAUAUACACUUGACAUCGAAGGCGAUGCGAUGCCAAAGCUGAAGCACUUGAGCCAAGCAGCAGACCCCGAGAAGGACACGACGCCAUUCAGUAUGCCAACUGUGCUCGUUGCACUCAAGGAUGAACUUUUCCUUGGAAGUCACUAUGGCGACUCUCAAUUAUUCAGUUGGCCAGAUUUGCGUAUCCUGGGCAAGCGGACCAAUUUGAGUCCAAUACUAGAUUUGUUGCUCGAGAAGCCAAGUCAUACAGCAGGCGCAGCUACAUUGAUUGCCGCGUCUGGCGCAUACAAAGAUGGCUGUCUAAGAGUCAUCAAAUAUGGCGUGGGUUUAAAUGAGCGUUACGAAGUGGGAGUCUCUGGAGUUCGUGGACUAUGGGCACUGGAGCAGAGCGCUUUGAUUGUCGUUGCUUUUGUGAGCGGCUAUAUUGUGCUCAAGGUCGGUACGGAUGGUGAUCUAGAGCAAAUUAGCGCAGGAGACGACAACAUCAUUCUGGCCAGCGAAGUGGACGACAAGGUGCUUCUCGUAACAAAGGAGGAGAUCAAACUUUUGAGUGACAGCGUCGUCAUUGACUCCAAGGCACUACAAAACAUCACAGCAGCCAAGCACGUUGAGCAAGGUCUUUGCGUCCUUGCAAACAAUAGUCUCUACAGCUUCGCACUCAGCUCAUCUUCUAUCAAGCAAAGAGCUCAGCAUGCGUUCGAAGGCAGAGAGACUGGAGCUUUGGCUGCGGCCAAUGACAAAGUGUUUGUCACCUUCUGGAAUGAACCUGUUCUGUGGGUUGGAAACACAAGUCUCAACAACCUUGCGGAGAUUCCGCUUGAGACCGAUUUGGUCGUUCACUCAAUCGUGGUACAGCAGUUGAACGGCAUAGAUUCUCCCAUGCUUUUGCUUGGCAUGAAUGACGGCUCCCUCCUGUCAUUUGUAUUUGACUCUGAGGGUGCCACUGUCUCAGGCCGGAAGCAGGCUUCCCUCGGCACUGCGCCUGUCAGUCUGCAUGCUUUCAACACUCCACAAGGCCCCAAUGUAUUUGCCAUCAGUGACAGACCUACAGUCAUCUAUAGCGCAAGGUCAAAGCUGGCCUUUUCUGCAGUUGACUUGGCUUCUUGCAACUAUUUCACUGCAUUUGCCAAUACUGCGCUUGGCUCUAGUGUCAUUGUUGCAACAGACGAUGCAUUGCGCUUUGGCGGGAUUGAUGAUGUCCAGAAGCUACAAUUUCGCACCAUCAAGAUUGGUGAGCUUGUUCGUCGAUUGGUUGAAAUGGACGAUGUCAUUGCCACCAUUACUCUACGCAUGGAGGUCGAUGCCCUCACUGGGAAUGAGACACAGUCCAGCUUUGUGCGUGUCUAUGACAAGAUAACUUUUGAGGAACGUGACUCAUACGAGCUUGAGGCGCAAGAAAUGUGCCAGUCGCUUUGCCUUCACACAACAAACGAAGGCGAGCAGCGUAUCAUCGUUGGAACAUCCUACCAAGAUCAUGAAUCAAGCAGCGAGGAUCAGCGUGGCAGGAUUAUAUCCUUUGGUAUCAACGACGCUGACAAGUCCCUGUGGCUUGAUUCCCAAACUGAGGUUUGUGGUGCGGUGUACAGCCUUGUUAGUGUCCCAGGGGACGGUAUCGUUGCGGGGAUCAGUUCUUACGUACGGCUUUAUCGCUGUGAGAGCAAUAGCUUGAAAGAGGUUGGCCAGUUCAGGAGCAGUACCUUUGCCAUCACGGUGGCUGCACGCGGACAUGAUGUUGUUGUCGGCGACAUGAUGAGGUCCGUCACAACUCUCAAAGUCCGGGCACAGACUGAAGACCCUAGUGCUGGCCGAGUUGUCGAUGGAAUCUCCGAAGAAGCCCGAGACUUUGCUCCAGCAUGGAUGUCUGCAGUUAGCUACUUUGGAGAGACGACAAUUCUGGCUGGUGAGAUUGAGGGUAACCUCAUUCUGUAUGCUCCGAGUGAUUCGCCGUUGGCAGAGAAUGAAAUGCGCCUCGACAGGACAGGGACGUUCAGGUACGGCGAGUUCAUCAACAGGAUCGUACCAGGACAAAUUAUGCAGCAAGAUGACGAUGCAAUUGUCAAGCCACACUGUGUUUUUGCUACGGUGGACGGGUCAAUCGGUAUUGUCGGCGAGAUUCAAGGUGACCAAGUCAAUUUCCUGUUGGCAUUACAGACUGCAAUUGGCGAGACAAUCAGUUCGAUUGGUGGGCUCUCUCACGCACGAUUCAGAGCCUUCAAGUCUGCCAGUAUCAAGGAAAUGGAGCCGAAGCGCUUUGUUGAUGGCGAUUUGCUUGAGCAUUACCUUGAAAUGUCACUGGCUGAGCAAGAACAGGUGGCCAAGAAGGUGGAGAGGACGACCGCCGAGAUUGAGCAGAUUGUCGAGAACCUCGCCAGGCUUCAUUAGGCCACUUCCAAGGAGUAUUUACACGUAGCAUAAGUAUCAUGUUUGAGACAAUAGAUUCGGC